GAGGAGAGAAGAAGAGAACAUAACAGCAGUUUAUCCCACGUGCAUCUGCUUUCUUUCCUUGGAGCUAUAGAAUGGUUAAUCUUUGCUCCCUAUAGAUAGAAUUUUUUAGACUAUUUGGCAAUUAGAAAUUUUGUUACAUUUAUGAAUUUCGUUGUGCAUAAGUGGACAUUAUUUGUUUGGAAAAUAUCCAGUACUCAUAAAAAUCGAGAAAUGUGACUGUAUAAACAUACUUUUUUAAAUUUGCAUGUGACAACGUUUUAUAAUUGAUUAUUUUCCCUUCAUCGAAAAUCGGACUAGGAAUUGCCUCAUAGAUUCGCUCUUUUUCUAUUUUAUUUGUUUUCUUGGAUUGGCUUAAACGUGGCGACCAUAGCGGGGCUUUCGUGUGAAACGUUUUGGGAGGUGUCCAAUGUCACAAUGAAGGAGUUGAAAAUGUUCCCGCAGAUCACGGAGGAGACAGAGGAGAAUCUUCUGAACUUGGAGAGCGACUCCAAAACUCCUUAUUCCACAACUCCUCCUCAUCUUUCAUCAUCAUCAUCUGACUCUCCUUCUGAUGUUCCCAGCUCCCCCAAUUACGAAAACCAAGUGCCAUGUCCAUUGGUGACCGUCACACAAGAAGAGGUCGACCCAAGUGCGGACAUUCCUGUGACCAAUACCUUAAUCGAAGAAGAAUGUACCACCCCUCCAGCCAGAGUACGCAUGCGAUCCUUGUCAGGAGGUGCUUACAGACUAGCCCCGACACUGCCAGCCACAGGGCGCAUGCGUAGACAAUCCGGGGACGACGUUCUGACAAGGGUUAGCCCAUCCCGACGUGCUGCUCUUUUUGAACAUUUCAGGCCUAGGUCGAAAUCGGAUAGUAAAGGCAAACGACCCACAUUUCUCACCAGCCUCAAAAACAGUAUUUUCAGCCCUCAACGAAAAACUUCCCUCGAGGCUGAACCCCCUCCUUUAGAACCUUUACAACCAGGUGGUGACUACCGGCAAAGAUCACGGUCUGGGUCUGAAACCCGAGGUGGCACCAUGUCUAAAAUGAUUGACCUGUUCCGCAGUCGUUCCAACUCUUUAUCCAUCGAUUCCAGAAGCAAGAAGCCUUUAUCCUCCAUAGUGCCUCCAAAUGCUUUAUUGCGACGCCAUUCCGUGGAUCCGGAUAAGAGGAGGAGACCGUUCAGCACAUACAGAUCAUUAGAAGCCCACCAAGCAGAGAAUUUUUCAUGCCACACCGAUGAAGAUACGGUUGAUAGGAUAGAUUAUGCCAGUCUUGCUGAAGAUAAAAUUAUUCCCACUUUUCUGAGCUCCCGUACAUGUUAUGAUGUGAUGCCAGUCAGUGGUAAAGUUGUUGUGCUGUCUGUUGAGCUUUUGGUAAAAAAUGCAUUCGAGGCUCUUGUAAACAAUGAACUCAGAGCUGCCCCUUUAUGGGAUGAGUCAAUAUCUAGUUUUGUAGGAAUGCUGACAAUAUCAGAUUUUAUCAAUGUUUUGAGGCAUUAUUACAGUAAUUCACCUGAAAACAUAAAAGACAUAGAAAGUCAAAGCAUUUCAACGUGGAGGAAAAUUAACAGAAUUUCCAAACCUGUGGUUAAGAUAAAUGCGACGGAUAAUCUUGCACAAGCAACCAAGUUAUUGAUAGAAGAAGGCGUCCAUAGGGUUCCGGUUCUGGAUGAAGGCGGGCAGUGCUCCUUCUUUGUGUUAACAAGAAAAAAUUUGCUGCAUUAUCUGUAUAAUAAUAUUAUGCAAAGGUUUGGAAAUACUAUAGUGAGAACUCCUUCAUUUUUAUCUAAAACAAUCAGAGAACUAGGCGUGGGAACCUUCAGUGAUAUAGCAAAAGUUACAUUUGAUACUAAAGUCAUAGAAGCAUUGGAUCUUUUUGUUCAACGAAAGGUGUCUGGUCUUCCGAUUGUGGAUGAAAAUAAUACCCUAUUAGAUAUUUUCGCUAAAUUUGAUGUUUUUGCAUUAGCUAAAGAGCAGACGUAUCACAAUCUCGACAUGACAAUAAAUGAAGCAAUCGAUAAAGGCAAAGUGCAUGAAGAUGUGUAUGGAUGCACUCUCGAUGAUACCUUGGGGACUGUGAUACGCACUAUUGUUACCUCUAAGGCUCAUCGAUUAGUUGUGAUAGAUGAAAAUAAAUCUGUUGUUGGAAUAGUUUCACUCUCAGAUAUUUUGAAGUUUCUUGUUGUCCAACCUUUGAGUAAACUGGAAGACACUGGUGCACCAUCUACAGAUAUAAUUGAAGAAGCUCCUGAAGGUGCUGUAGGUGGAACCGAAUGUGAUGACAAUGUCUUCCUCGAUGCCAAACCAAAAUCCUGUGAAACUCCUGAUGAAGAGGAUGAGCAGGAUGAGGAGAACAGUUCUAAAGUAAAAAGAGAUUCUGUUGCUGAAGAAGAAGAGGAAUAAACUUUAACUUGCUACUUACCAAAGCAAGAUGUAACUGUGUACCUGAAACUUUUUUUUUUGUUGUCGAUAAUCUAGUCUAUGUACUAAUAGAUUCAGGUUUUAUGGAUGUUUACUUAAGCAUUUGAAAUUAGCAAGAAUUGAGUUUUUGCUUAGAAUGAAAUUGGAAGAUUAAGUGAAUAGGUAAAUGAUGUGUAUGAUUGUUUCUUUCUUUAAAAAAAAAAAAAAGAAAACUCAGAUGAUCCACUGUACAUUUUUAAAUUAUUGAACGAUUUUAACUUCUCAUACAGUUUCAUUUGUUGAAGUGGGCAAAAUAUAAAUUUUUUUUGUCUUCAAAAUUUUUUUUACAAGCAGUAUUAAGUUUGUCUUGUGAUAUUAUUAGUAUUGUAUGUAGUUCUUUGUUUGAUAAAGUAAACUUUGAAAUUUUACUAAGCAGUUUUUAAAUUUUUAUAACAUUUUUAAUUAAUAUUUGUAACAAACUUUUAACCAAAAAUAUUUUUCAAUACAUGUUUUGUUUCUGCAAAGACUCCUCUGUGGAAUAUGAAAAUUUUCAAUGAAUUUAGUGCGACUCAUAUCAGUGAAAAUGUAAACGUUGGGAAUCAUUAAGAAAAUUAACCUUAUCUAGUACUAAUACUAUUUAUUAACAUAGAAUUUUUAUUAUUGUAGACUAGCUGCUAAAAUCUAUAAUUAUUAAUUUAAGCAUAAAAAUGUAGUGCUUUAAUUUUUUUAAUGUAGGCAUUUUAAUUGAAUAUAGAAAGUACAGAUUAAGUAACAGAUUUAUAUGACGAGCACAAAUGCUGGAAAUUAAGUGUUUGAGUAAGGAUUUAGUACUAUAUACAUAUAAUUAACAGGAUAUUUUUAAGUCUGUUUCCAAAUGAAAUAUAAAAAUUUUGAUGACUUUUAAUAUUUCAAAUGCAAUCUGGAAAACUAUGUGAUGCAUAUCAAGAAAAAUGUAUGCCUAAAAUGAAAAAAAAAAGGUACUUUAGUAGUAUUACUGUUCACAUAAAGUAAUUCUUAAUUAAUGUCUGAAUUCUUAUUUUCAUUUUGUGGCAGCUUUGCGUUUUAUAUUUCAAAUCACUUUUGCUUCUUCUCAUUUACGACUGGCAAGUUUCGAAACUGGACGUCUAUUUUUGAAUGUUUGAAACAUGUUGACUAUAAUAUGCAAUUUGUAUAAUUUUUGAAGCAAAUUAAGUUUUUAAUCAAGUAAUGUCUUACUGCUUCAGUUUUUUAGGAUUAUUUAUUUAAUAUUCAUUAAGGUAUUAAACAAAUGAUGUCAAUCGUAAAGAAUUAAACAUUUUGUUUUAAGUAUUUUUUUCCCUCAUACAAAUCAAGUUUAUUAGAACUAUAAAGUUCCUAGAUUUAAUCAAUGUAAUAAAUAUUUUUGCAGAGUAAAAUAAAAAUUAUUUUUCUGAUAAAAGAAUAUAUAAGUAUCAAGAAGUUUAAAAUAUAAAACUGUUCUGAAUAUAGACUUAAAAUUGGAAUAAAUAUUUUAAGGGGUUCUGUAAUCAGAUUUUAUUUUACAGUGUUUCCUGUAAUAUUCUGUGCUUAAUUUUAGAUUCCAAUUCUCUACUUAUUAAGUCACAAAUCAAUAUUUAAAAAUACUUUUCAUUUUAUUUAAAUUAAUUUUAUGGAACUUAGUUGCCAGUUUGUAAUUUUUAAGGUUUUGACUGUUUUUUUUUUUUUUAACCUUGUCAAAUAUUACCAAAGAUACAUUGUAUUUUGUAGCUUUGAAAUAUUUUUUUAAAAUACUUAACUUCUUGAAAAUUACAAUUCGGUAACUAAGUUACAAUAAAAAAACAGAACCUUUUUAUGAAUAAGCGAAACCAAAGAAAAAAGAUUAAUGUCUGAAAACAUAAAAAUUAGUUUUCAUUACAUUUACUCGAGAGAGACAAGAUCGAUACAAUCUAACUGCUUUAAAGUCUUAGGCUUAUUAAAUAGCAAUAAAUAUUUAAAACAGUAAAUAGCUAUUUUUUUUUAAAUGGCAGCUUAGACAUUGUUUUCAGCAGUUUUUUGCUUACUCCUUUGCUCAAUCAGUAUUACAUUGAGUUUCUUUUUUGGUGAAAAAAAGACAGCCUUAUAUGACUUUGCUCAUAAAUCCAUUUCUCUAAACUGCUCAUGAAUUCAUUGAAUGUUACAAACAAUUUAGAUUAAGUUAGAUGUAAAAAUUCUAGACUUUUGGUGCUGUAUAUCAUACAUAAGUCUUUAUUUCUUGGUAAAUUUGUGCUGCACUUUAUUUUUACUGAAAAAAAUACGCGACCCAACAAUAGUGUUCGCCAUAAAUAUUUUAUUAUUGCACCGACAAAUGUAUGUUAUUUCUUUUGUGAUAUUUAUAAGUUUUGUUUACUGUUUUGUACUUUAGAUGUGUACAUAUGUUUCGACCACUUUAUAACCUUGUUUUACGGGAAUAAGGUUCCUCAAUGAGCUGUGAAGACAGUUUGCAAAAAGAAAAACAUCUGAUUCAAAAUAAAAUCUGCAUAGAGAGAAAAUUUUAAACUUUUAUUAUUUAUUUUAAUCUUUUAUGAUCUUAUUUCUGUUGCAAACUGCUUAUUUUUUUUCCUUAAUGGUUUUUUACAUGUGGAAAUUCUCAAUAAAAAUUGAGGAAUCAUUCUAUUGAUAUUCGACACACACUUGAUAUUGACAGAAAGGGGAAAUUUGAAACUACUUUAUAAGCUUUUUUUAAAUAUAUAUGUAUAAACAAAUGUUUUCUGUGUGCUAUAACUACUGUAUUUUUAAAUUUUUUUUUCUGAACAGAGUUUUUAAUUAAUAUUUUCUUAAUACGAAAUAAUAAAAUCACAUUGAAAAGAAAUUUUUUUUGCUUACUCGAUGGAAAUAGAUGUAUGUAUAAAUUGAUUCUAAAACUGCAAUUUUGGAACAUGUCUGAACAAGCUCUCUGUCAAAAAUAGUCACUACGAAUUAUGCACCAUCAGUUCAGUUUCAUAUCGUCUUCAGCUAUAAAAUGUAUGAAUGAAACAUCAGCUAAAUAUGUAUUAUAUUUUUGUUUAGUAGGUUCAUUACUAUGAAAAGUUUUAGGAGGUGUAUAUAUUUGAUAAUAUUUUUGGUGUACAGUUAUAGGCAAUGCAUAGAAUUUUACAAUAUAUAUAUAUAGUAGGGCGACAUAUUCAGUCAACCAUCAUAUUAGCUACGCAAUGAACCGUACCAUUUAUCUACUCAACCGUACCAUAGCUGUUAUGAAAUGUUACAUGUAAAUACAUUUUUUGAAAAACUGCACACUCCACUGUGCUUUUUAUUGGAGGAAAAAAAGUGAUGAAGCAUUGUGAGGGAAGGCAGUUGUUAAAUGUCACUUGUAAAAUAUAUAUUUACGCAUUCGUUCCAGAUGUAUGUAAAUUUUUUUGUACAGUUAGCGUAAUUUGCAUUGUGCUUAUUAUGUAAAUAUUUUGAGAAAAAAAAAUGCAAUUUAUUUUUGAGACAGUUUUUUAGCUAUAACAUGUUACUUGUAGAUAAUAUUUGUAUAAUAAUAAUGUUGAUUUGCCUUCUUUAGUAUAUUUUAAAUGUUGAGAUUUGUAUUGAAUAAUUCCUGUUUUUAGUUUUCAGUAACCAUAUGAAUGUUCAUUACUUCAUAAAUAAAUAAAUGAAUGUAAAUGUA